UUCAACCCCGCCCCACCUCUCUAGCCCCGCCCCCGGGACGCAGAAAACGCGCCGCAACACUUCCGGCGGGAUCGCGACUCCCUGCCCGGAGGCGAGUACGCCCUGGUCGACCUGUGCGGGCAGACAUUCGGGAAGGAGGUACAGGCCUGGUUUGGAGAAGGUGAAAGAGAACAAUGCCGAAGGACUCUGGCCCGCUAGUGCCUUUACACUGGCUUGGCUUUGGCUAUGCAGCACUGGUUGCUUCCGGCGGGAUCAUUGGCUAUGCAAAAGCAGGCAGUGUUCCAUCCCUGGCUGCCGGGCUCCUCUUCGGUGGUCUCGCCGGCCUGGGUUCCUAUCAGCUGUCUCAGGAUCCGAAGAACAUUUGGCUUUUCUUAGUCACAUCUGGAACCUUGGCUGGCAUCAUGGGGAUGAGAUUCUACAACUCUAGAAAAUUCAUGCCAGCAGGCCUGAUUGCAGGUGCCAGUUUGCUGAUGGUCGUCAAACUUGGAAUCAGUGCCUUGAGUAAACCCCAUCAGUAAUAGUCAUGGCCCAGCUUGGACUCAUGAAGAAUUUUUAAAACUUCUACUCUUUUUCAUGUAUUAAGAUAAACAAGUACAGCAUUUUCAUGUAUUCUUGACAUUUUUCUUAAAAACAGACCAAAAAACAGCACUGAACUUUGCAGAGAUAAAAAAAUCGGUCAUUAUCAUUACAGCUCUAAAGAGAUGGGUAAGGUGUAACACAAAAGUGUUUCUUCCUGUGGUACUCUCAUAAAGUUUAAUUCUUGUAUUUUGGUGUUACCUGUUCUUUCUGUAUCUCUAGGUAACAUCUCCAGGGAUAGAAUGUUAGGCUGUUACAAUUGGGGCCCUCCAAGCCCUUUGCGCUGCUCAAGAAACAGUAUGAAAAGGAUCUCUUAAUGAAAUUUAGGAUAUCUAUUCUUUUGCUUAUCUUAGAGCACAGACCUACUUUGAAAUUAUGUUAAAUAAAAUCAAUUAAAAUAAAGUUUAUUGUAAAUGAUA